GCCACGGGCGGGGGCAGCGAGGCGGUCCGUUCAGGGGAGCUUCCCCCGCGCCACUUGCCACUCGGAGCCAUAGGUUCCGGGGCGGUUUGUGCCAACGGGAGGCGACGGCAGCGGCGGCGGCGAGAGUCGUGCAAUCGCGACGUGCUCGCUCAUCUCCCAGGCCCGGGAGCCGCAGACACUCGGUUCCUAGAUGACACGGACGGAGCUGGAAGGAGGAGGGCCGGAAGGUGCUGGCGUCCCAAAGGCGUGUCGUUUCCCCGACAGCGGCUCAGUGACCCCCCCGCUUAGCACUCCUGGGGCCCCGGCCUUGCAGGGGUGUCGGCGAGGAAGCCUGAGCUGCACUGCUGACGGCGCGGACGGCGCGGUGGAAAUGGAGUCCCGGGCCAUGCCCCCGCAGACCUCACAGCGGAGCCGGAGGUACUGGAGGCGCGAGUCGAAGCCCAUGGGCUGGCGGGACCGCAUCCUGGUGUUCUUCCUGCCGCAGGGCAUGAUGCUCACUCUGGCGGCCACCGCGCUCUUCUUCAUGCACCUGAGCGUCUUCGCCAGCGACAUACACAACUUCUAUGUCACCUACAACUAUGACCGCAUGAGCUUCCGCUACACCAUUGUCCUCAUAUUCUUCCACGUCAUCAGCAUCUGCUGGGCCGUCAUGGGGUCGCUCUACGCAGAGAUGACAAACGACAAGGCUCGGCGCUACUUUUCCGUGAUUGUCCUGAUGCUCAACGGGGCCAUGUUCUUCAGCCGCCUGUGGCUGGAGUUUGUGGCCAUCCAGUACCGCGAGGAGUUCCACUGAGGCCGGCGGCUGAGAAGGGCAAGCAAGAGGCCGCUCCCGCGUCUUAAUAAAGUCUAUUGUUUAUUCCCAAUGUGGCAGGGGAGAGAGCGGGCGCGGGGCCGGGGAGUGUAGUG